GGGAGGGGAAAAAUUGCAGUUCUCGCUGAAUACUUUGGUCCUCUUUGCUGCUCUCAUACACACAUCUGGUUGGGGUGCUCAUUGUUCCGAAGGGAUUCAUCGUUGGCGAAGCUCAUCUCCUCCCUGCUCCCUUGCUCCAUCGUCUCGCAUCUUCAACUCAUUGAAAGAACUUCACCAGAACGAAUUGAAAUUGUCGAGGGUUUCAGAGCCUGCAACUCCUCCGUGCAAAUACAACUUCAAGGUCCGUUUGGUCUGCAACUCCUAUUGGCAGAGACAACCUCAAGGGUUUCCUCCUUCCACAACUCAUCUGCGAAAAUAUCUGGAAGGUCCACUCCUACGCUGGUUUAUCCUUUUGCUUAAAAAAUUUUCUGCAAGGGUAGGCAACUAUAGGAGAGGAUGGAGUCCAACACUAGCAUUCCCUGUAUCUCUCUAUCUCCUUUCCAAAAUAGACAAAUGGGAACGCUGACAUAGGCCACGCUCUCGGACAGAGGUAUUGAAAGGAAAGGACCCUAGUCUUCCAUCGGUGGCCUUGAUUCUGGCGGCACCAUUGAUUCCACUACAAUCCAGUGCAGCUCCUUCAGUUUCAACACACACGAAUUGCAGAGUUUUAGUUGCAGGGAUACCUAGUUCUUUUAUUCUUUUCAGUAGAAUCCACCUCCAAGAAAAUGCCAGACGAAAGUAAUUUGAAAACAUGGGUAUCAGACAAGUUGAUGACUCUUUUGGGAUAUACUCAGCCUACCGUUGUCCAGUAUGUCAUUGGGUUAUCUAAGCAAGCUUCUUCACCUGCUGAUGUUGUGGGCAAGCUUGUUGAAUUUGGUUUAUCUUCAUCAACUGAGACCCGAGUGUUUGCUGAAGAAAUAUUUUCUAGAGUUCCGCAUAAAGCAUCCGGUUUGAAUAAUUACCAGAAACAAGAAAAAGAUGCAGCUAUGUUGGUGAGGAAGCAGAAGAGUUACACGAUCUUGGAUGCUGAUGACGACGAAGAUGAUGAUGAUAAUCGUGGUGGUGACAAAAUCUCUUCUCAAUCAAAUAAAGCAGAUUCCCAUCAAAAGCGUUUCCGGAAGAAAACUGAGUAUCAAGAUGAUGAAGAUGAGGUGGUCAGAAGAGAAGAAAAAGAUAGACGUGUCCGGCUGCGCACCUCUGAAGUUGACGACAAUUUAGAGGCAGAGGAAGCCAGGCUACGUGAUCAGGAAGAGCGGGUACAAUUAGAGAGGAACAUAAGAGAAAGAGAUGCAGCAGCGACGCGGAAGUUGGCAGAGCCGCCAAAAUUAUCUAGGAAGGAGGAAGAGGAGGCAAUUCGGAGAUCUAAAGCCUUAGAGGAUGACGAUACUGCAACUCUAAGAAAAGUAUCGAGACAAGAAUACUUAAAGAAAAGAGAGCAAAAAAAGCUGGAGGAGAUCAGUGAUGAAAUAGAAGAUGAGCAGUAUCUCUUUGAAGGUGUAAAACUAACAGAGGCAGAGUAUCGUGAGCUAAGCUAUAAGAAAGAAAUUCUUGAGCUAGUGAAGAAGCGGUCUGAAGAUCUGGAUAGUUUUACUGAGUACCGGAUGCCUGAAGCCUAUGAUCAAGAAGGGGGUGUAAAUCAGGAGAAGAGGUUUUCUGCAGCUCUGCAGCGUUAUAGGGACCUCAAUUCAGGAGAUAAGAUGAACCCAUUUGCCGAGCAGGAGGCAUGGGAGGAGCAUCAGAUUGGAAAGGCAACCUUGAAUUAUGGUUCCAAAGAUAUAAAACAAAAGUCAGAUGAUUAUCAGUAUGUGUUUGAGGACCAGAUUGAGUUCAUCAAAGCAACUGUGAUAGAGGGUGACAAGUUUGAAGAUGAGCUGCCUGAGGAUCAGCUUCAGAAGAUGGAGAUAUCAGUGUUACAGAAGCUUCAGGAUGAUAGAAAAACUCUACCUAUCUAUACAUAUCGAGAAGAGCUACUUCAGGCUGUCAAUGAACAUCAGGUUCUUGUAAUUGUUGGUGAGACCGGAUCUGGAAAGACAACUCAGAUACCCCAGUAUCUUCAUGAAGCUGGCUACACAAAACAUGGGAAGGUAGGAUGUACCCAGCCACGACGUGUUGCGGCCAUGAGCGUCGCUAAGCGAGUUUCUGAGGAGAUGGGAGUUAAGCUUGGUCAUGAGGUUGGGUACUCAAUCCGCUUUGAAGAUUGUACAUCUGAGACUACAGUUCUUAAGUAUAUGACAGAUGGAAUGUUGCUGAGAGAAUUCCUUAGUGAACCUGAUCUGGCAAGUUACAGUGUGGUGAUGGUAGAUGAGGCUCAUGAAAGGACGAUUUCAACGGAUAUUUUAUUUGGUUUGGUCAAGGACAUUGUCCGGUUUCGAAGUGAUCUCAAGUUGCUCAUCUCUAGUGCUACUCUUGAUGCUGAGAAAUUCAGCGAUUACUUCGAUUCAGCUCCGAUAUUUAAAAUUCCUGGAAGACGAUUCCCCGUCGAGAUACACUACACGAAAGCGCCUGAAGCUGACUACCUGGAUGCUGCUGUUGUCACUGUCCUUCAAAUACAUGUGACUCAACCACCGGGUGAUAUACUGGUGUUCUUCACAGGACAGGAGGAAAUUGAAACAGCAGAAGAGAUUCUGAGACACCGGACCCGAGGCCUGGGAACGAAGAUUGCUGAACUCAUCAUCUGCCCAAUAUAUGCUAACCUUCCUACUGAGUUGCAAGCUAAAAUUUUUGAACCCACUCCUGAAUAUGCUCGUAAGGUUGUCUUGGCAACUAACAUAGCGGAAACCUCAUUGACAAUUGACGGGAUUAAAUACGUCAUUGAUCCUGGAUUUUGUAAGAUGAAGUCUUAUAACCCAAGAACCGGUUUGGAAUCACUACUAAUCACUCCCAUUUCUAAAGCAUCAGCAAUGCAAAGGGCUGGUCGAUCUGGACGAACAGGUCCAGGAAAGUGCUUUCGUUUGUAUACUGCCUACAAUUAUCAUCAUGAUUUGGAAGAUAAUACUGUGCCAGAGAUACAAAGAACUAACCUUGCAAAUGUUGUUCUUACGCUUAAGAGCUUAGGUAUUCAUGAUUUGCUGAAUUUUGAUUUCAUGGACCCUCCUCCGUCUGAAGCGUUACUAAAAGCCUUAGAGCUGCUUUUUGCACUUAAUGCACUGAAUAAUCGAGGGGAGCUCACAAAGGUCGGCAGAAGAAUGGCAGAGUUUCCUCUUGAUCCAAUGCUUUCUAAAAUGAUUGUUGCUUCAGAGAAGUAUGAGUGUUCGGAAGAGAUGAUAUCAAUUGCUGCUAUGCUUUCAGUUGGAAAUUCAAUCUUCUACCGUCCGAAGGACAAGCAAGUCCAUGCUGACAAUGCAAGGAUGAAUUUUCAUACAGGGAAUGUUGGGGACCAUAUUGCAUUGCUUAAGGUUUACAGUUCUUGGAAAGAAACUAAUUUUGCAACUCAGUGGUGCUAUGAAAACUAUAUUCAGGUCAGGAGUAUGAAACGUGCUCGGGAUAUAAGGGACCAGUUGGAGGGUCUUUUGGAGAGGGUUGAGAUUGAACUGGUAUCAAAUCCCAAUGAUUUAGAAGGCAUAAAGAAGGCAAUAACUUCAGGCUUUUUCCACCAUUCGGCCAGGUUGCAAAAGAAUGGAUCCUAUCGCACUGUCAAAAAUCCUCAGACUGUUCAUAUACAUCCAAGUUCUGGUCUUGCGCAGGUGCUCCCUAGGUGGGUUGUUUAUCAUGAGCUUGUACUUACAACAAAGGAAUACAUGAGACAGGUCACUGAAUUAAAACCCGAGUGGCUGGUGGAAAUCGCACCUCAUUAUUACCAGCUGAAGGAUGUGGAAGAUUAUGGAUCAAAGAAAAUGCCACGUGGACAAGGACGUGCAGAGAGGGAUUGACCGAUAGAAUCUCAGAGGACAAGGAUCUUAGGAAUGCUGCCAAGAGGCCAAGAAUGUAAAUACUUUUUGUAUACUAACCUUUUCUUUUUUUCUUUUGAGGACUAGGGAUUUACCAUUUUUAUCAUUUACGGGUUGUUAAAGUACUAUUGACUGGGGAGAAAAAGGGGGUGGGGGGGGGUUGAGGGGUAACUCAAUACUGUAAACAUCCCAAUUGGGGGAUUUCUCUGUAACACAAAGUUUAUCAAAUGUAUGAAAUGCGGCUAUUCACUAAUCA